AUUGGUGAAUCGGACAGCACUAGCGGAAACGUCGUGAAGUGACAGCAGACAGCAGCAGCUCGCGGUGAGUGGAGCGCCGCAGCCGCACCGUUUCCCGUUCUAGUACCGAGGCGGAUAUCGAAGCGAGCGAUCGGACGUAAUCUAGUGUCCGUGUGGUCGACCAGACCUCCGAUUCCCGUCCUAGCCAUGGACGAGCAGGCGGGCCCCGGUGUGUUCUUCAACAACAACAACAACUCGGUUCUUCCCGGAGGAGCAAAAGCGCCUCAACCGGGCGACGGCGGCGGCGGAGAGACGGCCCGCGCUCAGUACAGUAUCCCGGGGAUUUUACACUUUCUGCAGCACGAGUGGGCCCGGUUCGAGGUGGAACGAGCGCAGUGGGAGCUGGAGCGGGCCGAGCUGCAGGCUCAGAUAGCGUUCCUGCAGGGCGAGAGGAAAGGCCAGGAGAACCUGAAGAAGGAUCUGGUGAGACGGAUCAAGAUGCUGGAAUACGCUCUCAAACAGGAGCGAGCCAAACACCACAAGCUGAAGUACGGGACGGAGCUCCACCAGGGGGACAUGAAGCCCCCCAGCUAUGACUCCGAUGAGGGGAACGAGAACGAGGCUCUUCCUGAACCACCCAACAGUCAGCUGAGCUGGAGACAGGGACGACAACUGCUGAGACAGUAUCUGCAGGAGGUGGGCUACACCGACACUAUCCUGGAUGUGAAGUCUCAGCGGGUCAAAGCUCUGCUGGGUCUGUCUGGAGAGCAGCGCUCCGAGCCCAUGGUGAACGGGACGGAGCCGGCCUCGCUGAAGGACAGCACUAACACCGUGAUCGGUAAAGCAGAGAUGACGGACUCCGUCUCGGUGCUGGAAGCCUUCAAGUUCAUCGAGAAAGCAGCCGCAGAGUUCAGCGAUGAAGACGAGGAUGAAGACAGCGAGGGACAGAACAAGAGCGUGGUGGACCUCUCCACCAUGGUGAGGAGGAAGGUGUCUCCAUCUCCCUCCUCUUCCUCAGCUGACAUGAGCGAUGACUUGGACACAGAUGAGGUCCUGAAGGGAUUCGACUUCCUGGCCAACAGUGAGGACAUGGAGGGCUCGUCCGAAGCGCCGUCCUCCGACUGGGAGAAGGAAGAGCAGAGCCCCUCGUCUGAGUCCUGGGACGUGGAUGAGGGUCUGAUCUCUAAACUCAAGGAACAGUACAAGAAGGAGCGCAAGGGCAAGAAAGGGGUGAAGAGGCCGAACCGCUGUAAGCUGCAGGAUAUGUUAGCGAACCUGCGAGACGCCGAGGAUCUGUCGUCCAUCCAGCCACCGGUGGCUCCUCCGGCCCGUCCCAGCUUGCCCCGCCUCAGUGACCCCCCGCUGGGACGCACCGAUGAGGUGGAGGCGCUCACGUUCCCCCCGUCCUCGGGGAAGUCCUUCAUCAUGGGGACGGAUGAGACGCUGGAGAGCGAGCUGGGUCUCGGAGAGCUGGCCGGACUCACCGUGGCCAACGAGGCCGAGAGUCUGUCCUACGACAUCACUAAUAAUAAAGACGCCCUGCGGAAGACGUGGAACCCCAAGUUCACGCUCAGGAACCACUUUGAUUCGAUCCGUGGUCUUGCGUUUCACCCCAUCGAGCCGGUUCUGAUCACCGCGUCUGAAGAUCACACGCUCAAGAUGUGGAACCUGCAGAAAACUGCUCCGGCCAAGAAGUGCGCUGCUCUGGAUGUGGAGCCCAUCUACACGUUCAGGGCUCACAGGGGUCCGGUUCUGUGUGUGGUGAUGAGCUCCAGCGGUGAGCAGUGUUUCAGCGGCGGUCUGGACGCGUCCAUCCAGUGCUGGAACACACCGAGCCCCAACAUCGAUCCGUACGACUCGUACGAGCCGUCGGUGCUGCGGGGGGCUCUCUCCGGACACACAGAUGCAGUCUGGGGUUUGGUGUACAGCUCGGCUCAUCACAGACUGCUGUCGUGUUCUGCUGACGGGACGGUGAGGCUCUGGAGCGCAGCAGAUCCUGCCCCCGCCCUCGCCGUCUUCAACCAGGACAGAGAGCUGGGCGUCCCGUCGUCGCUGGAUCUGGUCUGCAGUGAUCCGGCUCACAUGGUCACAUCCUUCACUAACGGCCGCACGGGGAUCUUCAACAUGGAGACACGACAGCUGGUGCUGGAGCUGGAGUCGCGAGCCGCCGGAGAACCCGAUGCACCGUGUCAGAUUAAUAAAGUGCUCAGUCACCCGACGCUUCCCAUCAGCAUCACAGCACAGGAGGACCGACACAUCCGCUUCUACGACAACAACACAGGCAAGUUGAUUCACUCGAUGGUGGCUCAUCUGGAAGCGGUCACCAGUCUAGCGGUGGAUCCCAACGGUCUCUAUCUGAUGUCUGGUAGUCACGACUGCUCGGUGCGUCUCUGGAACAUGGAGAGCAAGACGUGCAUCCAGGAGUUCACGGCUCACAGGAAGAAGUUCGACGAGUCCAUCAACGACGUGGCGUUCCAUCCCACCAAGUGCUACAUCGGCAGCGCGGGAGCCGACGCCCUCGCCAAAGUCUUCGUAUGACCUUCGACCUCCGACCGAAACUGCCUCCACAAACUCCUGCGCGGUGAGGCCUGAACACGGACAGGAAGGCCGAGACCGUGACCUCUGCUCUGAUGAACCGGGCAGGCCUGGGUGCUCGAGGGGAAGUCGACACACACGGAGGAACAUCUCCGUUCAGCCUCACAGGAAGUUGGGUGCUUCCCACACUUCUAUAGUUUUUCCUUGAGUUUCUCUUCUCCUCCUCCAUCUCUGGUUUUCCCGUCUAGCGUUCGCUCCUUUUAAAACGACGUGCCUUUUGUUUCAAAACGUGGAUUUUCUUCGACGGAAAACGAACCCCGUCGAUGUUUCAAACUCAUUAAAUGCAUCAUAUUAUUCGGAUGGAAAGUUAAGCUCGGUUACGUUUCUCACGCAAGGUCCAAAUCCUAAACCAAUACGGACGAAAUGCAUUGAAUUAAAAGACUCAAAUUGAAUGCUUCUCAUGUCUAAAUCGAAUUGUACAUAAUAUAACAUAAAAAUAACUCUUGCAGCUCAGACAAAGUACUAAAUUUCUACAUGUUUGUGUUCAAAGUCAUCUCAACGCAGUGAUGUUGAGACAAAAUCUCAAUCAUUUGACUAGAUUUAGAGCCGUUUCUGAAUAUUCGUUGAACUUCGUCAAAGUGAUAAUGCGCGAAAGUCUUAUAAUAGUGUUGCAGUUUUUGACAAGCUGUACUCAUAACAGUACAACGAUUCAGAAGUCUAUAUUUGUCUGAGAUCUGUAUGUUUAUUUAUUUUUAAGGCCUUGUUUUGCCUGUAAUGCCAAAUGCAUUAGGAUUUAGCUUCAGGAAGGGACGAGCGGUUGUAGUUAAACAUCACAUCGCUCACUCAUCCCUUCUCUUUUAGGUGAAAAUGAUUUGAAAUCUAUUUUAUAUGUGAUCUUUUGAAGCGGAUACUAGUGUUUUUUUUAUCAUUUUAUGGUUGCAAAUAGACCGAAACCCGAGGUUCCUGCAGGUCGAGGAUUUUUAUUUAAAACUCUUCUGGUUUAUUUGAAUUUGUCUGUGAUUACUUGAACUGUGUGUGUGUGUGUGUGUGUGUGUGUGUGCUUUUAUUGGGAAUUGUUUGCUUUUAACUGAUGACAUGAGCACUACAAGUCGAGCGAAGUGUUUGUGUGUUUGAUUCAGGGCUGUGAAAAGUGUUGCGAGUUCGCUUAUCUACCAAAUGAUAAAGGACUAGUUUAGACAAACACGAAGAAAUAAAGUAAUCGCGAGAUUUUUUUCUGCCACAUUUUUUUUUUACGUUAUUACGAUUUUUUAUCAGAAUUUUUAUUUUAUAUCAAACAAUUUGGGCAUUCAGGUUGUGAGAUCUAAAAUCGUGAGAUAAAACGCGAUCUUCUGUUGCGAAAGUUAAAAACGGAUUGCGAUUAAAUUGCCAUAAGUCGCAAUUACCUCUUACGUUUUUUUAUUAUUAUUAUUCUGUGGCCAAAAAAAUACAAAAAACUUUUGUGAAUUUUCAAAAAAUUCUGAGUUUGUAUUAUUUGUUUAUAUUCGAAUUGCGAGAUAAAAAAUUUAAAAUUACCAUUUUAGUUUUUUUUUCUGUGAAUUGUAAAAUGUAAAUUCGAAAUUCUAAGAAAAAAAUUCAGAAUUGCAUGAUGUAAUUUAGAAUUGUGUGGAAAAUUGCGAAAUUAUAUCCUGCAAUUCUUCAUUUCUAUAUUACGAAUAUAUAUUAAACUCAUAAUUGCAACAAAACUCGCAAUUCUGCGAAAACAAAUCUGAAUUGUGAAUUUACAUCUCACAAGUUUAUACCUCACAAAUAAGACUUUUUUUCUCAGAAAUCUGAGUUUCUAUUUUAAUUGUGAGUUUGAAAGUUAGAAUUAUAUAUAUAUAUAUUCCAUUGCGAAAACGUCCUUCCAUACAAAUCCAUGACUUUCUGCGUAAAACACCGCGAUGAAUGUCUGAGCUGCUCUUUUACAUUUCCUGCAGUGUUUUAAAUCUGAGGCGCCCUUGACGUUAAGCUCGUGCACAGACGACUGAUGGGGUUGAUAGGGAACAGCGUGCGUGUUUUCGUACUAGUAAAUAUAUUUUUUAAUUUCGUUAAUUUUGGUGCGUAUUAAUUUUAGAUAUAUAAGAAAGAAUCUCAGUUUGUAUAGUUUUAAAGUAUUGAUCAACAAUCUAUUUAUGAACCAGAAUACAGUGUAUAUUAACUUGCGAAGCUAACAGUGAAGAUUAACCAAUAUUUGAGAUACUAGUCGCGCAGGAGAGAUUAGUUUGCGCCACCUGCUGGUCAGAGAUGGGAACUCGGCUACUGAAGAUACUGAAGUGCUAUUAAUUAACGCGAUUUGAUUUUUUGGUUACUGAUCAAUUGACGUGCUUACCGGAAACAACAGAUUAUUCGAAAGGGAAUGUUGAUGCGAUGUGAUUGGACGAGCGGACGGUGACAUCACGAUGGGACGUACUUUUAACCCUUUGGUUGUAUAGAGAGAGUUUGGAAAGAUUGUGUUAAUAAAUGCUAUACUCCUCUUGUACAUAUUUUAUCAUUGAUAUUACAGUUUAUUCUUGAUUUCUUGUUGUAUUCUCCUUUUUUCCCCUUCAGAUGGACAUUUAUCAAUAUAAUACAAUAAUAAAAAAUAUGUUGUAUUUCA